AUGAAGAAUCUUCAUAUCCUAAUUCCACUCUUUUUGCCUACCUUAUUUCUCUUCUCAUGCUUCUUAUCUCUUGUGCUAUCUUUUUCCCUUUGUCAUGGUCAUCUCCAAAAUCAAUGUCUUGAUGACCAGAGAGCUGUUCUGUUGCAACUGCACCAUGAUCUUUACUAUGCCCCCAAUUUUACUUUCUCUUCCAAAGUUGAGCUUUGGGAUCUCAACACUGAUUGUUGCGCUUGGAAAGGAAUUACAUGUGAUGCUCUUGGUCAUGUGAUUGGGAUUGAUCUUAGUUACAAAAACCUUUCAGACAGCUUUCAAUCCAUUUUCAAUCUCCAUCAUCUUCAACUCCUUAAUCUUGCUAAAAACAAUUUUAAUACCACUCUGUUUCAAUAUGAGUUUGAUAGACUUUCAAAUUUAACUCAUCUUAAUCUUUCAAACUCAUGUUUCCAUGGCCAAAUUCCAGUAGGGAUUUCACACUUAACAAGAUUAGUCUCUCUUGAUCUAUCUAAUCAAGAUUCUUGCUAUAUACGUAAUAACCCAAUUCUUGAUUACGGUUUUCCUCAGAACCUUCAACCUCUGAAACUAGAAAAUCCAAACUUCAAGACAUUAAUCCAAAGUUUGGGACCUCUUACAGAACUCUACUUGGAUAGUGUGAACAUUUCUACGCAAAGUACUGAAUGGUGUGAAGCCACAUCUAUAGUAUUUCCCAACUUGCAUGUGUUAAGUCAGUCGAAUUGUGGUUUGACAGGUGCAUUUUGUUCUUCACUCUUAAAACUUCCUUUUCUUUCUAAACUUUUUCUCAACUGGAAUUCCAUCUCUUAUUUGCCUUCCAAUUUCUUGAAAAUCGCAUCACCUUUGGCUUUUCUCAGUUUAAUGAAUUGCAAUUUGAGUGAGCAUUUUCCAACAGCAAUUUUCUUGUUGCCAAAAAUAGAAAGCAUUGACAUUUCACUUAAUUUGUCUCUUGGAGAUCAGUUCCCAGAAUUUUCAUUAAACAAUGCUUUACGGAUCUUAAAGAUUUCUUGUACAAAUUUCAGUGGCAAACUACCAGAAUCAAUUGGUAAUCUCAAAUUCUUGACAAAUUUAGAUCUCAAUGGUUGCAAGUUCUUUGGACAAAUUCCAUCAUCAAUUGCAAAUCUUACUAAUCUUGUGGAAUUGGAUUUGUCCAAUAAUAAUUUCAGUGGUUUUAUCCCUGCAUUUCAUAGAUCUGGAGUUCCAGCUCUUGCAUAUCUUUAUUUGUAUGGGAACUACCUCUCUGGAUCAAUACAUUCUUCUUUAUUUACUCUCCCAUCAUUGCAGACCUUGGUUCUUAGUGAAAAUCAAUUGUUUGGUGAAAUUGAUGAGUUUCUCAAUGCAUCUUCUUCCUUGAUUGAAACAUUGAAUUUUGGCUAUAAUAGCUUUAGUUCCCUGAAGCUUGACAUAUACUUGAGUUUACAAUUCUGUAACCUAAGUAUGUUUCCAGAGUUUUUAAAGAGUCAAACUAGUUUAGAAUAUCUGGACCUUUCAAAUAACAAAAUAAGUGAUGCAGUACCAAACUGGGUGUGGAAGAAAAGUUUGCGAGUUCUGGAUCUUUCUAACAAUUCUCUCUCAUAUUUGGACCAAUUUUCACUAAACCAAUCUCUAACUUCUUCACUAGGCUCUUUAUCAAGACCUAUUUGCAAUUUAAGUCAACUUGAGACCUUUAAUGCAUCCUUUAACAAAUUAAGCGGGCCAAUCCCAAGUUGCUUGGGCAAUAUCAGUUCUCUCAGCUCUUUUGAUCUACAAAAAAAUAAUUUCAGCGGCAGCAUACCAGAUUUUGCAGAAGCAACCCAAUUAUAUUGGCUUCAACUCAAUGACAACAAAUUGGAAGGGAAGUUGCCGAUGUCAUUAGCCAAUUGCACAAUCCUCCGAGGAAAAUUGCCUGCUUUGAUGGUCCUUGUAUUGCAAGCAAAUAGGUUUUAUGGUCCAAUUAAACACGUGCAAAAUUAUUUUCAAGACUUAGAUGUACUAGACAUUGCUUUCAAUAAUUUUUCUGGUCAAUUACCAAUUGAAUUCUUUCAAGCCCCUCAACUACGGUCACUCAAAAUAGGUGGGAAUAAACUAGAAGGAAAGUUGCCAAGAUCAUUAGCCCAUUGCACAAAGCUUGAAGUUUUGAACGUUGGAAAAAAUAUGAUACAUGACAUAUUUCCUUUUUGGUUGGUGAAAUUGCCUUCUUUAAAGGUUCUUAUAUUAAGAGCAAAUAGAUUUUAUGGUCCGAUUAAAAUUUCUAAGGAUGAAAAUGCUUUUAUAGAGUUACACAUACUGGACCUUGCUUCCAAUAACUUUUCAGGUGAGUUAACUGUUGGAUUUUUUCAAUCUUUGAAGGCAAUGAGGAUGAUGAUUGUUGGCAACCAAGCUAAGCCAGAUUAUAUUGGAGAUAAUUACUACCAGGACUCUAUGACAAUUGUGAAUAAAGGGUUUGAACUUUCUUACAAGAAAAUCUUAACCAUCUUUGCUUGUCUUGACCUUUCCAGGAACCCAAGAUUGUGUGGGCCGCCUUUGACAAAGAAAUGCGAUGAAGUUGGUCUUGGAAUGCCACCCCCUGAGGAAGAAGAAGAUUCAUGGGUAGAUGGCAUAUCUGUUUGGAAAAUCGUAUUGAUUGGGUAUGGAUGUGGCUUGGUGAUUGGGUUAUCUGUUGGACAUACAGUGCUGAAUGAGAUGGGAAACAAAUGGAUGGAUAGGUACAAUCAAAGGAAGUUUGGCAGGCCAUCUAAAGAUAUAGAAGUUAUUGUUUCAACUCUUGCUGUUGCGGUACUUGUGUCUCAGUUCUUUCUCUUCUGCUCACCUAAGAUGAUUGGCAGUAUGUCUGGUUGUAUUGUGCUUGUCUUCUGUUCUAUGGGGUGGUGUUUUUCUAUAGGGUUCCCCUGUCGUUCACCCUAUUGUUGCAUUGAUGACCAAAAAUAUGCUUUGCUGCAAUUGAACCAUGAUCUUUACUAUGCCCCAAAUUUUACUUUCUCUUCCAAAGUUGAUCUUUGGGAUCCCAACACUGAUUGUUGCUCUUGGAAAAGAAUUACACGUGAUGCUCUGGGUCAUCUUAGGGGCGUGGCUCGGCUCAGCUUAGUUGGAAUGGAUUGGCUGAAACAUAGGUUGGUGGAGUGGGUCACGAUCAGAUCUGGUGUUCCAAAUCUGGCAUAUGUUUAUUUGUUGAUGAACCACCUCUUUGAAUCAGUACAUUCUUCGUUAUUUACUCUUUCAUCAUUGCAUAACCUAUAUCUUGGAAGAAAUCAAUUGGUUGGUGAAAUUCGUGAGUUUCUCAAUGCAUCUUCUUCCUUGAUUGAAACAUUGUCUAAAGGCUACAAUAGCUUUACACUAUGUUUGGAUUGA